CUUUGAUAUACUUCAACACAUUUUACGCCAGCGUUUACUUGUCAAUCAUUUGAAGCCGCAAAAAUCGCAUCAAGCUUUGUAGCAAAAAUUCAGAAGGUACGACCUUCAAAGUAAAGUACAAAGCAGCAGAAUACGUCAUGGGACGCCGCAAAUCGAAGAGAAAGCCGCCACCAAAACGUAGAAACAUAGAACCUCUUGAUCAACAGUUCAACUGCCCAUUCUGCAAUCAUGAGAAAUCUUGCGAAGUUAAAAUGGACAAAAGUCGAAACACGGCUCGAAUUACCUGUCGGGUUUGUAUGGAGGAUUAUCAGACGACCAUUAAUUUCCUUUCCGAACCGGUAGAUGUAUACAACGAUUGGGUGGAUGCCUGUGAAACUGCUAACUAGACUAGAGAGAGACGGUGCAGUUUAUUACGCAGAGAUCAUGGGUUAAGAUUUAGCAAAUAAAACGACAAUGUUAAUAACCAACUAUAGUUCAGGGCGAAUGUAGGAUUAAUGUGUAAUUCACAAUAGAGUUAAAGCAUUUGACGUCUUGAAUAAUUUUCAAGUAAUAUUCUGAAAUAAAAUUAUAUUAAGUACUAAUCAUCAAUUCAACUAGGUUUUUCGAAAUGCUCUGCUGGUGUUACGUGCAGUCUGAAAACACUGUUGUGUUAUGAGUUUUCUUAUUUUCGGUACGAUCUGCUAGAUGAUGUUUGUAUACUGGGGAUGAAAUAUCUAAUGGAUGUGAUGUGAACAACAGACAAAAUUUUGCUCAUGUUUGUCUCAAAAUCCAAGCCUCCCUUUGUUUACAAUCGGAGCCAAUAAAAUAACUAAAUAAAUUUAAUUACAUUUUCCAAUAUUCGAAA